GUUUUUAGUAAAAGAAAAGGGAGCAUCUCCUUCACCUUCUUCUUCUUCCUUUGACCUACACGCCGCCAACUCUCCACCUUCAAUCAGCCGCUGCCGUCGGUAGCCAUGAAGUUGGAAAAUAAAGUUUUGGCUAAUGGUAAACCCCAUCUCCGUUGACCAUUCGUUCACAAAUUCCGAAUUUCCAUAAUGAACAACAAGUUCUUUUCCUCUUUAAUUCUUCAAUAUCGAUGCCAAAGCCCCAAGCUUUUUCUGUACCAUCAAUGGCGAGGAAUAGCCAAGGUUCGUCUUAAAUGGGUUAAGAAUCGGAGUCUCGAUCACAUCAUUGACACGGAGACCGAUUUGAAGGCCGCUUGCCUUCUCAAGAACGCCAUUAAGCGCUCCUCUACUGGCUUUAUCACUGCCAAAUCCAUCGCCAACUGGCAAAAGCUACUUGGCCUCACAAUCCCUGUUAUUCGAUUCAUUCGGAGGUACCCAACUCUCUUUCACGAAUUUCCUCAUUCUCGUUAUGCUAAUCUGCCUUGCUUUCGUAUGACGGAUACUGCGCUAUUAUUAGAUCAGGAAGAGGGUAGUAUACAUCAAUUUCACGAGAGUGACACUGUUGAAAGACUUUGUAGAGUGCUUAUGAUGAUGAAAACUAGGACUGUUCCACUUCAAUCCUUGCGUCCCUUAGAAUGGGAUCUUGGUCUGCCAUGUGAUUUUGAGAGGUCAUUGGUUCCAAGGUAUCCAGAUCAUUUUCGAUUAGUGAAGGCCUCCAAUGGGGAUUGGUGUCUCCGGCUUAAGGAAUGGCGGGAGGAAUUUGCAGUUUCAGCCUUGCAAAGGAGCAAUGAGAGUUCUGGAUUGGGGGAUGCAUAUAGGCAAUUCAAAAAGGGGUGUACCACAUUGGCUUUUCCUCAGAGUUUUCCAAGGGGAUAUGGGGCACAAAAUAAGGUAAAGGCUUGGAUGGAAGAGUUUCAGAAGUUACCUUACAUUUCUCCAUAUGAGAGUUGUAGGCAGGUCGAUCCCAACAGUGAUCUCAUGGAGAAAAGAGUUGUUGGGGUUCUACAUGAGCUUUUGAGUUUGACUCUUCACAAAAAAACUAAAAGAAAUUAUUUGAGAAGCUUGAGAGAGGAAAUGGAUCUCCCUCAUAAGUUCACUCGAAUCUUCACCCGAUAUCCUGGAAUUUUUUAUCUCUCCUUGAAGUGUAAGACCACCACCGUUUCUCUCAAAGAAGGGUAUCAACGAGGAAAGCUAGUGACCCCACAUCCGUUGACAUGUCUAAGGGAGAAGUUUUAUCAUGUCAUGAAGACUGGACUGUUAUACCGUGGGAGAGGCGCUGCAAUGUUGGAAAAGGAGGGCAUUUUGCUUAAUAAUACAGUUGAGGUGGUGGAGGAUGGUUCAAAUACUGAAUCAGAUGAGAUAGGUGAUGAUGAAUGUUUGGAGGAUGACAACUCACGAGUAGAGGAAUCUGAUUCAGAUUAAUAGACCAAACAUUGGACUAUCCUCCUUUGCUAGUGGAUCCUUCCUUUGCUAGUUGACCAAAAAGAGGGACUAAAAUGAAUGCCUCCGGCUCCUGUUUAUCUAUAAGAAAAUUAGAAGAACAAUAUGGGUUUGAACUUGAACCAAAUUAGUUUGUUUAGAAGAAGCAUUAUUGUCAAUAGCAAAGACCUAAUACAGUUGACAUCUGUCCGAACAUUCACUGCCGGAGGCAAAUCAAAGAAGGGAUCUAAAGGGGGUGCAGCUGUCGAUGCUCCUAAAGCAUCAAUACUAAGUAAAGAGGGGUGAGGUCUACUACCGUAGUUGGUGCCAAUAUUCUCAACGAAGGUGUAGAUCCAAAAGUUAUGGCAGACUCGGAGUAUUCUAUUUGGCUGUGGCAUUUGCUUGAUAAACAUCUACCUCUAAGCGAAUUGCGGAGGAGGAAUGUCAAAACCCUUCCCUACGCAGAUUUCAAAUGCUUUGUUAAAUUGGAUACUCGAGCAAGAAUCAAGGAAAACACCUCUACUGAGGCCAAGAAUUGAUGUAAUAAUCUAGUAGAGGCACACUUUCUUAUUGUUUCUCUUGUGGAUGCAAGUAAAACCCCUCAUGUGGAAUGUUGUUAAUAACUAGCAAAGUCCCAUCUUCGUUGA